GGCGGCGCCGCGGCCAUGGAGAGGGCGAGCCCGGCGGCGGGCAAGCUGAACGCCGGCGGCCGCGGGGCGGGCGAUGGGCACGGCCCCGCCAGCGGUGCCCAGCCGCGGGCGGCGGCAGCGGGCAGCGCUGAGCCGGGCGAGCUCAUCGGACGGGCGCUGGAUUUCAAGAGCGAAGGGGCGCAGUGCUACAAGGACAAGAAAUUCCGGGAGGCCAUCGGCAAGUACCACCGCGCCCUGCUGGAGCUGAAGGCGCUGCUGCUGCUGCUGAGCCAGGAGCCGGCCGGGCAGCGCCCUCCCGCCGCCGCCGCCGCCGCGGCGGGGCUGAGCGAGGAGCAGCGGCAGGCGGUGGAGGCUAUCGAGGUCGACUGCUACAACAGCCUGGCAGCCUGCCUGCUCCAGGCCGAGCUGGUGAAUUAUGAGCGGGUCAAGGAGUACUGCCUCAAAGUGCUGCAGAAGGAAGGCGAGAACUUCAAGGCGCUCUAUCGAUCAGGAGUGGCAUUUUAUCACCUGGGUGACUUCAACAAGGCCCUCUACUACCUGAAAGAGGCAAGAUCCCGCCAGCCGACAGAUACCAAUGUCAUACGAUACAUCCAGCUGACAGAGAUGAAGCUCAGCAGAUGUUCCCAGAGAGAGAAGGAAACCUUGUGAAAAUGAAGCCACUUCAGCUGAAGUGCCCAAGGGGGAACAUUUCCUUCCUAGAAGCUCAUUUGAUGGAUUUUCCCGUUUGCUCUGCCUCAUCCUCAUCUCCUCAUCCAUCCACUCACCCUUGCUCUUCAUUGAAUACCAGUUUUGAAAUGAAAGACACUUGGACGCUGGAUAUGGCUGCUUGCCAACUAUGGUAAUACCCCUUCCCCGUGGCAAAAGAGCACAACAACUACAGCCAGCCUUGUUCCCAGACAGUGUCACACACCUGGAGUAGGCAAUGCUGGAGGACCUGUCUGGUCCUGAACUGACUGCCUAUUACCUAUUAGGGAAGCAACCCCCAGAACAACGACUUCCUGACCAGGCAAGCUGGAGAUAGAGGGUUUCUGCUCUGAGUGAUCACUGGAGCUUGAAGAGCUAAGAAACCAAGAGAGCCGCUUGUCAUUCCACAAGGGACAGCAAAUGCCUUUUUACCAUCAGUUUCCUCUGCCUGCUUCUCCAGUGUGUGUUAUUGGUCUCCAGUGAGAGCUCACAUGCUCCCAGUCUAAUGUCAAUGAAAACUGUUUCUAAACAUCCUCUUGAUGAAAGCACAGAGCACCCUAUGUACCCCCUGCAGAGCUGUCCCAGUGCCAGAGGAGAAGGCUGUGGGCUACCACAGAGCGCUGAACGGACUGUGAAAGCAUGGUGUACAGUGUGAGGGAAAAACUGUGAAAUAAUUCAUUAAAGGCAAAUAAAAAUUAUUCAUAGGCAA